UUUACCUCUAGUGCCACCUGGGGCUUUUGUGGGGACAGGUAGUCAGGUUUAGAUGAGGUCGUGAAGGUAAGGCUGUCACACUGCGGUCAGUGUCUGUGGAAGAAUACACACCAGAGAGCUUGCUCUCUCAGUCUGCCAUGUGAGGACGCAGUGAGAAGGUGUCUGUCUACAAGCCAGGAGGGGAGUGCUCACCAGGAACUGAAUCAGCCGGCAUCUUCAUCCUGGACUUCCCAGCCUCCAGAACUGUAUGUUGACGUUUGGCAGCCAUGUGGGUCAGAUGUCUUUAAACCUCAGAACCCGAGUCUGGAGACAAACCUACCUGAGACUCUUGCCCUGAGAAGUUUUAGAAAUGAGAAUACCAAGGUUCACCUCUGGCCUUCAGACAACCGGAGACCUUGUUUGAGCCGAAAUCCUUCUGUGUCAACACCGCAGAUUCCCUGAGUCCUGGGACUCCGUUAGUUGUCUUACCUCAUCACCCAGCCUUCCUUGAGGGUAUUUAAGAGAUUAUGGCAUCUGAAACCCACAAUGUUAAAAAACGCAACUUUUGUAAUAAUACUGAGGAUCAUUCCAUUGAUCUUCCUAGAAAAAGGAUCUCUAAUUUCACUAAUAAGAACAUGAAGGAGGUUAAGAAGUCUCCAAAACAGUUGGCUGCUUACAUAACUAGAACAGUUGGACAAGCUGUGAAAAGCCCAGAUAAACUACGUAAGGUGAUCUAUAGAAGAAAGAAAGUUCAUCUUCCUAUUCAAAAUCCUUGUUACAGAAAAAAGCAGUCCCCUAAAAGUGGGGGCUGUGUCAUGGCAAAUAAAGAAAAUGAACUGGCUUGUGCAGGCCACCUCCCUGAAAAAUUACGGCAUGAUAGUCGAACAUAUUUGAUUAACUCCAGUGAUUCUGGUUCUUCACAGACAGAAAGCCCAUCAUCAAAAUAUAGUGGCUUUUUUUCUGAGGUUUCUCAGGACCAUGAAACAAUGGCACAGGUUUUGUUCAGCAGGAAUCUGAGAUUGAAUGUAGCUUUAACUUUCUGGAGAAAGAGAAGUAUUAGUGAACUUGUAGCAUAUUUGGUAAGGAUAGAGGACCUUGGAGUUGUGGUGGAUUGCCUUCCCGUGCUCACCAAUAGUUUACAGGAAGAAAAACAGUACAUCUCACUUGGCUGCUGUGUAGAUUUGUUGCCUCUAGUAAAGUCACUACUUAAAAGCAGAUUUGAAGAGUAUAUAAUAGUUGGUUUAAACUGGCUUCAAGCAGUCAUAAAAAGAUGGUGGUCAGAACUGUCAUCCAAAACAGAAAUUGUGAAUGAUGGAAAUAUUCAGAUUUUAAAACAGCAAUUAAGUGGGUUGUGGGAACAGGAAAACCAUCUUACUUUGGUUCCAGGAUAUACUGGUAAUAUAGCCAAGGAUGUAGAUGCUUAUUUAUUACAGUUGCAUUGAGAGACUUCAUCUAUAGCAUUUGGCUAUUCAAAACAUCCUUGGACUAUAUGAUUUCCCCAAAAAUAUCUCAUCUGAGAACUGUGAACUAUGGAAGAAAUCAAAACCAUUUUUUCCUUUAAAGAAACGUAUGAUGAAACCACUAAUGAAAUGCUACCGAUCUCCUUCACAUUGAAGUGGAAAAAGAUCCAAGAGGAGCAGCUUCAGCUUUGGUGCGGGGGAAGUGCACUAGGAAGGUCGUUCACCUUUGCUGCGUUCAGGUUUACGUGGUUAUUUGGUAACAUGUUUAAGAGCUACUGGGUCUUCAUGCAAUCCUGCAUAAGAAUAUAAUUUAUACUAUGUGGAAAAUAAGACAGGACUUACUACUAGGAAUCACAGAGACCAAUCAUCGUUACUUUUUUUUAAGAUUGUGUUUUAUAAGAAAACACUUAAAUGUGUGCAGCUACUAUUUUCUUAUGUUGAAAAGACUUUGAAAGUUUAAACCAUUAUAGCAAAUAAUCAGUACUAAAAGUUUUUUGUUCACACUGAGAUACUGUGUAUGCAAAAUGCCUUAAUUAUUAAUAAGCCAAUGUGUAUGAUACCAAUAUCUGUUUAAGAAAAUUAAAAGCAACCAUGCUUCUGGCAUGAUAAAAUCAUGGAAUUAAAUCAGGGGUUUCCAUUCAUGUAGAAUGUUGUUAAAACUUAUUCCACACUACUCUUAAAACUUGAGAAUAUUUUUAGUAUCUCUGAUUUUUUUUUUUUUGCCAGAAUCAUGUCAUAUAUGUAUGUAUGUGUUACUCCUAUAUAUAAGAAAAAGGUGGAUCUGUAUUUGUAUGAAUGCUUAACUGGAAAUGUCUAUGGAAUUGACUAAUUUAUAUUCACUUUUUAUUGUAUAUAGAUUUCUGAUAUUUUCAGUUCUGUAUCAUUUAAGUUUUCUUCAUUUGAGUAAAUUCACUAAAUAUUUCUA